GGGUUUCCGGUGCCUCUCUCCCCCCCUCCUCCGCCCAGCUCGUUCUCCUCCCGAGUCCGCGGCCGUUGAGAAGAGCGAGAGGUGCCGCCCGCCUCUCCCGUCCUGUCGCCGCCGCCGCCGCCGCCGCUAUGGGCUGUACGCUGAGCGCCGAGGACAAGGCGGCGGCCGAGCGGAGCCGCAUGAUAGACCGCAACCUGCGCGAAGACGGCGAGAAGGCGUCCAAGGAGGUGAAGCUGCUUCUGCUCGGUAAGGAGAAGCGGGCGAGGAGGGUGCGGCCGGGGCCUGCUCCGCCGGCGGCCCCGGGGUGGGGCGAGGGGCAGAGGCGGGGGCAGCCGGGCCCCGUGAGGAGAGGCCGAGGUGGCGGUUCUCUCUUAACCGGGCGCUCCCCGUUGGUGGCCCGGGCUGGCCCUCCCGUGGCUCCCGGGCACGUCCCGCAGCUUACUCGCGAGCAAGAGGGAGCGAGGCGGCCCAGCCCAAGAGCUCCUCUUGGUCCAGCUGCCGCUUUCUGAUCCAAAGGGCUUUCGUAUGUUUUAUUUUUUUAAGGCCCUAAGUAGUAAAAGUAAAAGUCCUGCAGGCUUAAGGCCAGAAUCCCAGGAAGUCAGUCGCGACUAAACUUCGUGGGAGAAGAUCCUAGGCCUUCCCCAAUUAUUAUUUUUAAAUAGAAACCUUCCGAUCAGGUUUAAGGAAGUUUGAAGGAUGAUGGUUUUGAAUGGUUGUGCAGUUGUCCCCCACUCACCCACUUGCAGUAGACCUUGAGGAAGGAGAACGGUCUACCUUUCACAUCUCACAAAAAACUCCUUGCUGUUUGUUCCGUGUGUUGAUAAGGGUUUGUUCUGCAUUUGUGUUUUAAAGAUCCCUUUUCCGACCCUCCUCCAGGUUUUUACAUUUGCAGAAGUACCUCUCUCAAAAAAUGAAAUGAGAGAGAAACAGAUUCCUAGAACUAGUAUGUAGGCAGCAUCUGAUGCCAAGUGCCUGCCUGCUCCUUUUGCUGCUUCUCUAGAAGCUUGGAGGAAGAAGCCCCUGAUACCUUGGACAGCUUGCCCCUUUACCAUGAAUGUGAGAAAGAGGGUUAGCCUCAAGCUGUUUGUCUUGUACGUAUAGGGGACAGUGGAAUGGUUUCUCUCUAGCAAAGAGCACAAGUAUUACCUGUCUUCUGUUAGUGGCAUCUGGCAAGUGUACUUGGUGUUCCUGGUCUUUUUCUAGACCCCCCCCCCUUUUCAGCCAGAACUUUUUCUCCUGAACUUUUUUUUUUUUCUGGCGGUGCAUCUGAAGACCUAUGUUAGAUAACAAGUGGCAGAAGUUGAAAUUGCAUUGCCUUUUCAUUUGUCAGUUUUAAGUCACUGAGGCCAGAUGUCAUUCACUUCAGUUCUUUAUUUCAUUAAAUUAAUGAAUGUGGCCAUUCAUUUAUUUAAUUUCAGGCUUUUAAAAUAAAGCAACCAAGAAAAAGUAACAAAUGACCCAGUUCUUAAAGUACAAAAUUUUAGAUUUUCAAAAACCUAAAAUAGAAAACACAGCAGGUGUGAUAAACAAGAAAUUAAAAAUAAGCAUUUUAUAACUACUGGUAGCUUCCAAACAAAGUUUUCAAAAACUUGGUGAUGAAGUUCCUUAUCAGUGUUUUCUAAAGAAACAAUGCUCAUAGGAUCAGAUAGUGAAUGACUGGAGGACAACAAAGCAGAAAGCGGAGGAUAAGUUUUCUUAAUUGAGAGAAUAUAAACCUGUUGGGGGGUGUUGACCUAGGAGUAAGUGUUUAGCUUAAAAACAACCAUGAUGUCUGGGAUAAACAGCCAUGUUUACAGAUAAUGGCAGAUGAUAUGGUAUAGUAGAGUACAAUCCUAACCAAUCCAUGAAGAGUUUCUAAAGAGUUUGUUGGUUGGACAACUAUGCUUUAUUUAUUACCACAUUUUAUUGUGUGUUCUAUUGUCUUUGUUCUUAAAAAAUGUUAUUGUUUAAUGCACUUUUAUAGUUUAAGAUCCUAGUUGUACUGACAAUGUUGCAUUAAUUAAAAAAAAUAAUUUAUUCGACUCCAAAGUCAUGCAUGUUGGGGUGGGUCGGUGGGAGAAACCCUUAAUUAGACUGAGGUGGAAAGAAGUAUUGGCCUCAUUUGCACAUAACACUAAUUUAGCUUAGCACAAACUUAAGGGCUCCUGGAAAGGAGAUUGUAGCUGCUUUGCUCCUCCCCUGUCAUUUUCCUGCUGUGCUGCAAUUGAUUACAGCAUAUAGUUUAUGCGUAGAUAACUAAACAAGAAGCCUAGGUUCAGAUGGCAUGCUAAGUAAACCAUGGCUUAGCUUAGUGCAGCAACAAAAUGGCAAGGGAGGAGUUUGGCUUAGCAUUGCUUGUGAAUCAGGCCAUUGUGAUCAGAGCCCACCAGAAGUCAAUUGCAGUGGCAAUGAAAAUGCAAAAUUCUGCAUUAGGAAAGGUAUUUUUAAAAAAUCAGCUACAACUACAGUUAAUGCUGUGCACUGUUGUAACCCAUCCCAUUUCAAAAAGGCAGCUUUAGAACUGGCAAAAACUAGAAAAGGACAAUUUAAAUUAUCACAGUUAUGAAAUCUUUCCCACGAACACUGGCUUAAUGAGAAAGAUGGGGGCACAAUAAAAUUAUUCAAAAACUACUAAAACAGGGAUCAGAAAUUUGUGGCCUUACAGAUGUUGUUGGAGUACAACUCCCUUCAGCCCCAGCUAGCAUGGUCAACAGUCCAACAUCUUCUGGAGGACCACAGGUUGUCCAUGCCUCCAUUUAAGUUAGAAGAACUAUGUCACACGGCCAUGUCAGCAUGUAGUGUUAAGCCAUUAAUUUAAUGGUUUAGUAAACUAUCCUGUGCCCAGCUGCAUGCAGACCAGCCACUCCUGCUUUGCUCUGCCCCUUUUUCUAGUGGAGAAAGAAACCAUGAAGCAUCCGGUUUAGCAUUAUGCUGAGCCUCUGCUCAUGGAUUGCUUCACCCCAACAAACUAUGAUUAGGAAGUCAGCAUGAUGAACACACACAUAACUGAAAUACUAUGAAUAUUAUGAGGCCUGAACCUGUAUUUUCAAUUGGGAGAAUCAUGAUUUAAAACCCCCUUUGGGGGGCAAUUUUAUUACCAUUGUGCCUUAGAAGAAUUAUCAACCUUUCUUUUUCUGCAUUCGUUUUUUCUUUCCUUUUUGGCAGCAUGGAAUUUGGCAGCACACUUUCCGAAAGUUUAGUUACACCAAUCUUCAUCCCAAGUUUUCUUGUUUAUGCUUGUUUGUCUGGUAGAUCAGUGGUAUACCAUUCUACUCAAACGUGAACUCUUCUGAGUUCAAUAGGGCUUAUUCACAGGUAGGUUUGUAUAGAAUUGCAGGCUAAAGAAUGUAAGUUCACAAACUGGUUCAUAGGACCCAAAAUGCUUUCAUGUUUUUAUGCUGUACAGGGCUUGCAUGUAACUGUGCAUGGAAAAAGUCUUUUAAAAAAAAUGCUGAAGGGAAAGGUGUGACUGCCUUGCAAUGUAUUCAGAAGAAAAGAUAGAAUUCCUAGUAUCUGUAAUAGAGCUUUACGCUAAACCACUUUGUUUAUGGAGCACUCCUGCAUUGAUUGGGUUGAAUGACUUCAUAAAUGGCUUUGAUUCAAUACUAUUUUAAAACUAAAAUUCCAUUUGACAGUAUGGCAUAGUCUUAAUUUGAAGGAGCUAGUCUUGAUCAAUCUACUUAUAGGUUUAUUACUGAACUUGGUGGGGUGAGUGUGCAUGCACAUGUGUGCAAAUUCAUUUCCUUGUAUUACCAAAACAAUACAACCAAAGGUUCAUGGGUACAUUAAUUAGUGUCGGUCCACAGAUGGUUUAUGAUUUGCAGAAUACUCAUUUUGUUUAAUAAACAUGAUGGAUUUAAAAGGGAUAUAAACAAAUUCAUGUCUACUAGCCAUGAUGGCUAUAAGAUGCUUCCAGGAUCAGAGGCUCCCGUGUCUUUGAAUACUAGUUGCUAAGAAAAAAGAUCAAGUGUUCUGUAUAGAUGGUGCUAUUGCCAUGAAGGAUAUAGUAAAGCCUGCAGUGAAGGAAUGAUGAGCAAGGUAAUUAGUUCACUUCACUUGACUGUGUGUUUAUAACCACUGAAAAUUCACAUGCAAAAAGGAAAUGGUUUUAGUUGCUGUUUUUAAGAAAUCAGUGAACAUAAAAUGACUGGUGUUUACAUAAUGAAAUAUUCCUCAUAUUCCUCAGUUAGUCAUAUAGGACUGAUACACACAUAUAAUACUAAGCCAUUGGCCAUUAAACCAUGGUUUUAACAUUGCGUGUGAACCCUGCCCAGCAGCUUAACUAUGGUUUGUUAACUGCCAGCAAGUCACACUAUGAAGCCAUGAUUUGUUGACCUGUUCUAACUUCAGCUUUGCAUUGCAUACUAACCAAGCACCCUUCCUUUAGUGUGGUUUGUUUGGCAAGUGUCUGAGGUGGGGUGGUCAAAGGCAUGAGACAAGAGCAGCUGGAAAACCAAACUUUGGAGAAACAAGUCGUGGUUUCUUUGUCUGUGGGACAACUUGUGGUUAACCCAUGGUUUGUCAAGCCAUGACUUCGAUGUAGGCCAAGCCUUCAUUAAUUUCAUACAUUUCUGGAUAAUAGUAAAGAUUUCUUUUUCUGUAUCAUUUCAAUAUCCUAACAGUUUUGCACCCAGUCAUGUAGGCUUCUUUGAGAAAGGCCCUCUUGCAUCGUCUUCAUCCUGAUUUAUUACACUAUGCAAUACUGUAACAUUCACCAGCCUCCAGUUCAAAAUGAUACUGUAUUCUUUUAGGAAGGUUUUUUCUUUAUGUUGCUGUUCACAAUGCCUGAUACCUGUUGUAUUUGUGUGUUGGUGGUCUUCAAACAGAGCUCCUCAGAUGGAGUAGUAAAGUGUUCUGUACGUCCUUGGUGAGAUUUACUUUUUUGUGCCGGGGGGUAUUCUGGAAGCAGUUACGUAAACUGUUGAAUUGUGUGAUCAUAAUUUCUCUUUCUUUCUCUCCGGUCAUACAAAGGUCACUUACUUUUCCACAAACAAUACUCUAGUCUGUCUCACAAUAAGCGCAAUUAGGCAAGUACAAAAUUCACUUUCAACCGAAGUGUGAAGAAAUUAUUUGGCGUUUUACCAACAGUCAGCUACUAAUAGAUGUCUUUCAAGCUUCUGAAAUACAUAAUACUUAGUUGAGGAGGCAGCAUUGUAGACACAUUUUCAGUCCUUUGGCAUUUGAUCCUUAGUAACAGACCAGUUACUAAGGAUAACUGCAAAAGAUUUCAAGGAUAAAGGGAAUCUAUACAACUGAGAGAAUGCUGCUAUUACCCCUCCUUUAUCCUCCCCACAUCUCUCUGCUCCAAACAACACUUCUAUUGUUCCAUUAUUGUUUUGCCUCUAGGAAAAACACUUUAAUGAAGGGCCACUCCAUUUAGCUGACGUAUAGCUCUUGCGUGAUUUUCCUAUUGCCGUAAAUAGCUAAAUUUACAGAAGUUGCAUUGAUCUGUCUACUCAAAUAAUGUAUAUUAUUUGUCUGGUUCAGUAUAACUUUUAGUUCACAAACCAGUUGAACCACAGUACAGUAAAUAGGUUCUGUCUCCCUUCACUUCUGUGGAAUAAUUGUACAUAAAUGGAAUAAUUCUGUGAAUUUUCAGGCUGCUUCACAUUUUAUAAAAUUAAUGAAUAUACAGUGUGGAGCCCUGUGACGUGUGAGGAAUGGAUGGCAUUUUUUGACUGCAGGCACACACCAUUGAGAGCUAGGGGGCAUUUGUACCUGAUUAUUUUUCCUGCCAUGGCAUAAUCCCCACAAUCUACACAAAUAAUAAAAAAGCAUGCAUAUUAUAGUCAUUGUGCGUACAAGUAGUACACUCAAAAUGUACCUGCUAUUUUUGUGCUAUGGCCUUGAGUAGUAAUAUUAUCUUUGACUGCAACUAAGCUUUCUUAAAAGAAGGGGAACCUAGCUAGGUAAAGCCUCUGUCUAAUGUAGCAACGUGAACCUCAUCUAAUUACUAUUUCUAUUAACUAAAGCUUUUUCCUCUUUAGAACAAGUUGACUGUAAUUUUAUUUCUUCUGUUUUGAGGUGGAACUUAAGGGAAAAUGCCAGAAUCACUCAUGAUGAAGCCACCUUGCAUAAUAAAACCCCAACUGCUGUAUCUUCUCUGCAAAGUCACUUCCGAAGGAGUGACUGCAGUGAAGAAGCAGCUGCGGGGGGGGGGGGGAGUCCUAACUUUCCACUUUCUGCUGGCUUUCUCUUGCAAAGCCCCACUCUCUGUCCUCCCCUGUCUGGGUCUCUGAUCCAUGUUUGCAAAAUGUGAAGCACUGCUUCUAUUGCCCGUUCCUUCUUGGUUGCAGUCAUCUCCCUCCUGACUUUGUCUUGCAGGAAAGUAAUGAUAGCUGGGGUCUUUUUCCACACAGGUGUAAUAAAUAUUUCAGACCUAAGAGAAGUGGUACAGAGCUAAAGAAUAUUCCAGGUUCCUGGAAAUGUAAGAAAUCUUACAUAGAUCUGUACACAUAAAAAAAAAAAAUCUAAUGCUGGGUCAUUCAUAUCUUGAGGCUAUUGCCCCAUAGUCUGAAAUGUAUUUGAGCUCUUCUUUGUCAGGUUUUUAAAUUGAGGAGCAAUCUAUACUGAACUUUUUCAUAAACAAUGCUGCAAAUUCAUCUUCCUGUAAAAUAUCCCAUCUGUUUAGUCUUUUAAAAUAUCUAAACCGGUUGUGGGAAAGCUUUGACUCUGUAUGUUGCUGAACUAUAAUCCCAUCAGUCCCACCAAUCAUGGUCAGUGGCCAGGGAUGAUGGGAGUUGUAGUUCAACAACAUCUGGCUGGCCAAGGGUCUCACAAACCUAAUCUAAACAAAGCACUUUUGCUCAGUUUGGGUGUCAGUGUAUCUUUGGGAUCCAAUGCCAUCUUGUUAAGUCAUGAGUAGAAUAUGUUUGCUUGCUUUGAAAAUAGAAGGCCGCAUUUUAAAAAUAAGAAAUUAAUGUGAAAUGCACUACUGAAGCUAUUGUAGUUUUUUCUGUAUACUUCAUGCUACCCAGUUCACCAGUAAUUGUGGUCUUAAGACCCGGAUCCUGAAAAUUUGGACAUUAUGCUUACAGUAUCCUUCCCUACUAUUCUGUUCUGACUUCAUUUGGCAGCACAACCCCAGUGUAAAGAAAAUCCUGUUCUUCUUGUAGCAGAACUUAAAAGCAGCUUGGUAUGUGAUCUGCCACCUGAAAGGGAGUUAAUAUUUUAAACAGUAUAUUAUUUCAACAUGAUUAGGAGUGGCUCAGAGGCAUAGCAAUUGAGAAUUGGCUCUAAGAAGCAAAAGCAGCUGCUGAUGAAAUACAUGCAAUCUUCUCUUCCCAUUCCGAGACUUUUAUUUGGUUUGCGCAAUACACUUUAGAGACAACCUUCUCGUCUUUGGGGAAAAGUAAUUGCUAGGGUUAUAGCCAAGGGAUUUUGAAGUAUGUAAACAAGUAGCAACAUUCAAUUUAUAAACACAUAAGAAGCUGCCUUGUACUAAGCCAGACUAUUGAGCUAUCCUACUCAGUAUUAUCCACCGCGUAUGGAAGCAGUUCUCUAGGAUUUCGGAUAAGUGUCUCUCCCCCCAGUCCUACCUGGAGAUGUAGAAUUGAAUUUAGGACCUUCUGCAUGUGAAGCAGUUUGCUCUGCCAAUGAUUUAUGACCCUUCUUUGAAAUAUUGGGGAAUUUGUGUUUCAUAGUUCAGUACUAACCAUGCAAAAAUUAGGUAAUUAAUUUAGAAACUCAAAACUUCAGUAUAUGCUGCUGCGGGCUUUGGGCAUACAUCUGUGUUGCCACAUGUACACACAAAAGGAAGUGUGUGCUUAAGUGUUUUAUACACAUAAUUAUUUGGUCUUUAUGUUUCUGACAGUCUUUGAGAGAUCAGUAGUGUUUUGCUUCAGGAAGUAUGAGAAACAUUUAUAAGUAGGUGAUGGGUAAUCCUGUAUACAUAUGUAGGUAUCCCAGUUAUUUGUAUAAAGAAUGCAGAUGUUCAUUUUGUAAAUCUUGACUUCCAAUGAGGCUUAAACUGCCAAAGAUUACUUGCAGCUGUUGCUAAGAGGCAUGGGAAUUAAAUUAUAUGUAGUGUACUGGUGCAUGGAUGCUUCUGGAACAGACGGUAGUUGAUAUAGAAAAAUAGUUAAAUUUUGAACUCACUCACCAAGAUUCUGCUUUCUCAAUUUCCACAUCAAAUUAAAACAGGUUUGCUUAUUUUUGUUUUAUAGGUGCUGGAGAAUCUGGUAAAAGCACCAUUGUGAAACAGAUGAAGUAAGUAAAGCGGCGUAUCUUUUAGACCGGUACCUAAUCCAAUUAUACUGCAGACAUUGCCUGCACGUGGAGGAUCUUCGCAGGGUUUGAAAGAGCUCUGCCAUGAAGGCAGUGUGAGGGGACAUCUGGGGACUUGAAAGUUUGUAUGCUGCUCCUUUUCUUGUCACAUUGUGCUGUUUGUGCAGAUGUCUUAUUGGGCGGGGGGCUGUGAGAUUACAAAGCUAUUGAGUCCUGCCAUGAUCCUCUCUUGGUGCUUUGCCCAUGGUGCUAGUGAAGUAUGCUAAUGUGCUAUUGCACAAGUAGAUUGUACUUCUGCUUGUGCAAGGGAGUGGGCUUCCCCGAACUUUUUGCUGGUUCAUCCUUCCUGCUGCAGGCCCUGCUCCACAUCCCACCUCAUUCCAGAGGAUUUCCCAAUCCCAGGGAACAGUUUUUAAGAGGACAAGGGGACUACAGGGGAAACAAAAGGCAAGAAAGCCCCAUUAUCUUGGCAGUAGUUAAAUUACAACCCAACAUGUUUAGGUGGAUGUAAGGAAUAAAAUUUUAUUUGUUACUGUUUUGUCCUGCCUUUUCUCAAUGAGGGGUUGUAUGGUUCUCUUCCCCCUUUCUCAUCAUUAUAACAACUCUGUGAGGUACCGUAGGUUAGUCUGACUGACAGUGACCGACCGGCUCAGUACUUACUUAGCCUAAUGGCUGAAUGGGGAUUUCCUCACUCUGGGCAAAGCACCAACUGGUUAGUAUUUCUUUCUUUUUCAGAAUCAUUCAUGAGGAUGGCUAUUCAGAGGAAGAAUGCAGACAGUAUAAAGUGGUUGUCUACAGCAAUACUAUCCAAUCCAUCAUUGCAAUAAUAAGAGCAAUGGGAAGACUAAAGAUAGACUUUGGUGAAGUUGCCAGAGCUGUAAGUGUAUUGUAUUGAUUUAAAAUUACUACUGAUUUAGUAGUAGUAAUGAUAAUAAAGUGCUUGUCUAUUAAACUGGUGGUGGAAAUACCACUACCAUCUUGUGUUUAUGUGUAUACAUUUGAUCCAAAAAUGUGAGGAGUUGGUAAACUGUGUUCUUGUUGUUUUGAUGUUAUUGUAAUGUUGCCAGUAGAUGUGAAGGGCUACCUUUUCCCAUGUGAACCUGACAGUGCAUUAAGAUCUUUGAGGGCUUUCUCUGGACUCCUCUGCUUUCAGAUGAUUAGGUUGUGGGUGGUAACUGGGAAGCAGGUCUUUUUAUGUUUAGGUGUGCUGGUGUGUAUUUUGUCUUUUCAUCGCCAAGCAUUGACUCCCCACCACCCCAAGCUCUUAAUUAACUUUUUAAUGCAUUCUGUUCUAGUUCGAAAUCUCUGUUAAAAUGUGGAUUUGUUUGCUCUAUGCUGUUUUAUAGCUGUUACUGUUUUUAAUGGUUUUUAUGUUACUAGUUGUCUUAUGUAAGCUUUCCCUGGACAUGUAAACAUUGAAGGGUGGGGUACAAAUCCCUUAAAUAAAUAAGUGCUGUCAACCUCUGAGAAUGUUCUUUUGUGAUCUCUUAAACAGCUCAAGACAUGUUAGACAAAUUUGUAGCUUCUGCCACUGUGCUUCUUUAAUUAAUCUAUCAGUACUCUUUUGUAUAAUUAAGUAGGAGAACACCUUGCUGAAACUGUCCAUCUUCCUGUAUAUCUGAUAUCUGUCAUUUUUCCCAUUUAAAUUCAAGCUGGUGAUUUAUUAUUAUUAUUUCAACUUUUUUGUUGCUUUAUCUUGCCCAAGGCAACCCAAAGCAGCUUACAACCAAUCACAUGUAGUGUGUGCUCCCAGUUACUCAUUUUAGUCAUGGCUUGAAGUUUCUUGCGCCUAACGCCAUAGAUGACAUAAGACUUGGGAAAGGUGAACAUGAUUUGAUUGGACUAUUUAGUCCCAGGAACUGGAGCUUCCCCAUACUUUCUUUAAAACUUUAAUUAUCCAUGAUUUUAAAAACUUGUUUGGUAUUCAGUGUUGAUGAGCAUUUAUUUCAAAAAUUUCAGCUUCUUUUCCCUAAUUUGAAGCUAUAUUUCUUGUAUUUGCAGAUAAUCUGUUUUGCUUAAAUUGUUCUUUUUCCAGCUUAAGACAGUGCUCAGCUACUAGUUUUGCAGCUUUAAAACUUUUUAAUUCAUAAGCGUAAGCUUUAACUAUUUCUUUGGCUCUUGCCAUUCUUAUCACAAUGUGUUUCAUGGCUGAGUAGUACUAUUUAAAGUAGUCCACAGAAGCUUAUGCCAUAGGGCAACAUCCAGUUGUGUCUGUAGAACAGACUUCCACUCAUGCAAUGGGGCUUCCUCUUCUCCCUCUUGUAGUCUCCCAUUGCAGAUCUGCUCUGGAGGGUUGUGGGGCACAGAGGGUUCCAGAGAGGAGGAAAAAGAGAGGAAGUCCAAUUGUAUGAGCAGGUCUGCUUGUGCAACAGUUGAUAUCUCCAAUAAUAAAUAAAUCCUUAAGGUGUCCCAAACCUCUUUAUUGGAUGAGCUUGUUUCCCAACUGUCAUAUCAUACUGCAGUAUACCUUCAUUUUUGGUAGUUCUGAUCAGCUUAGCUGAUUCUUUGAAUUCUGGUUGUGAUGCACAUCAAAUAAUGGUUUGUGCAGUUAGCAAUUUGUUGUUUAGAAGUCACAUUUCAAAGAAGGAAACAGUCUGCUGCUGGUGGGUAGUAGGUAAUCAACCAUACCAUUGUAAACUUGCAUUGAAACACUUCCCCUAAUGUUGGUUGUUAAGCAUAUGUUAUUAUACUGCACAUGAUAACAGCAGUGUUUAAUUUGCCUUCUUCUGCAGGAUGAUGCCCGUCAGUUGUUUGUACUAGCUGGAAGUGCAGAGGAGGGAGUCAUGACUCCUGAACUGGCAGGUGUGAUUAAGCGGUUAUGGAGAGAUCCUGGGGUCCAAGCAUGCUUCAGCAGAUCAAGGGAAUAUCAGCUUAAUGAUUCUGCAUCCUAGUAAGAAGCUUUUUAUAGAUUUUAAGCCCUUUCACAGAUAAACUCAUGCUCUUUUAACCACCCACGUAGGUGUUAUACUUACUUUGUCAGAACUGUUGUUUAUUUUGCAGAGUUAUUAUGGCAAGAGCGAUGAAUACUCCCAAAUAAUUUCUGUGGUAUUUCUCAAAAGGCUAUGGGGAAACUUGAUGUGAGGAUGCUAAAAUGCAUUUCAGGAAAAUUCCUUAAGCCUGACAAACUGGACAGUGAACAGUUAAUGAAGGCUUGGUUUUGAAGAUUCCAUCGAUUAUGCUUAAUUGAUCAAAACGAGUUUUGUGGGUCAAAGGAAAGGGCGGAGCCAUCAGUCCCAACACCACUCACUUUUCUUGUCUAUGGUAUACUGAACGCUUGGCAACCUGCUUUUAAUGGCAUUCUUGAGGUCUCCUUCUCAAAAACAGUGGUACUAAUCUUUUUCAUUUUGACAAAAAUGCCAUCUCCCCAAUUCUCUGUGUUUAUUUUGUCUUGUCUGAACUUGGAGAAGGACUGUAGCUUGCUGGUAGAGCAUCUACUUUGUAUGCGGAAAGUCCCAGGUUUAGUCCUGGGCAUUUUCAGGUAGGACUGAGAAAGACUGUGGCCUGUCAUUUGUUUAAACUUAGUCAUUGAGGACAAUUGAGGAGUGGCAACAGUCCUUUGGACACUUCAUGAACAACCUAUUAUUUCUUUCCAAAACUACAUGAACCUGUUAUUUCAUUCCAGAACAGUUCUUAAUAUUCUCAGGGUAUAGGUGUUUGCAACACUUCCUGGAGACUUUUUUUGCCUUUACAGUGGACCCUCUGGAUACGAACUUAAUUCGUUCUGGGGAUCCGUUCACACCCUGAAAAUAACGUAAAUAGAGGUGCGCUUCUGCCCAUGCACAAGGCGUGCAGAGCCCUUUUGCGCAUGCAGCGAAACCUGGAAGUAUACACUUCUGGGUUUGCUGUGGCUAUAACCCAAAGAUUCCAUAUCCAGAGGGAUAUGUAAGUAGAGGUACUACUAUUUAGCUUGAAGUCACAAUAAAAGAAGCCAUUUAUACCCAUAACAGCAGUAUGAAGCUGGCUAUGAUUAUAGGGAACAAGUAUCAUUCUUGAAUAGAUUUUCUUGGCAUUGCUGUGCCCCCUUUUUUUGUAGAACAAUGGUUUUAUUUGCAUUUUCCAGUAAUUUAAACCAAGAUAUUCUUAAGAACCUGCGGAUUAUCUAUUUUGAGAUAGAUUUUUUUUUACACCAAUGUAUGCAGCAUAUCAUAGGACGAGGGCAAUAAAAUCACUAAUUCCUUGCUGGUUGAUAACUUGCCGAACCAAGUCUUUGUACUACCAGAUAAGGUAGAUCUAAACCAGCUUUACUUCUUCAGAGCUUGCUGCUGAAACGUGACUAUACUGUAUACAGAUGAUUAACCUGCAUGGAAAGAGAGCAUAUAAUCUGUUUAAAUAAUUCACUGCUUCUUGUUUUCAAAUGAAGCUCUUAACUGUUUUCAGGACUUGAAGUAGCUCUUGUAAUCUUUUGGCAGCAUUUUACAUUACAGCCAGUUGCUUGGAGUUUUCAUUUAAUCCACUCACAUUUUGGUUUUAGUUGCAGGUUGCUUUUCCAUUGCCUAAUCUAAAAGCAGGACAACACGCUCUUCCUUCUAGUGUGGGCAGAAAAGUGAGGUAUAAAUGAAUGAAAUAAUAAAGUUAUAGUACUGUUUUGCAUAGCUGUAGUUUAAGUAUAGCUCGCAGGAUCUUUGUUUCCCAGCAGAAGUAUUUUUAUUACAAGAAGCUGAGAUCAUAAACUUUGCCCUCCCUAGAUAAUUUGUUAACAUCAAACCCUAAUCAAGAAUCUGCUUCAGCAAAGGAAUAGCAUCUCAAGACAGUAAUUAUAUUCUUUGAGUUACUUUUAAGUCAUCUUACUGCUUUGUGAGACUUUAUAGAACCAAAUGAGACUGGGCUCUCCGUUAAAAGGUUCAGCUGUAAAAUACAGUUAAGUGGCAGUGCAGAAUAAGGCUGCCCUUCCUUCUGCUGCAGGAGAAAAUUAAGCUGGAGCCAGAGUACUAUAUAGUAACUAAUGUGUUGGAUAUGGAUAACCCAGAUUCAAACCUUGUUUAACUGAUAAAGCUCAUGGUACCCUUAGGGCAAGCUACUGUAUUUCAUCCUUGGUUCCAGCACAUUGUGAUUUUCAAGACAAUGUCUGUUGGUUCUUUACGCAUAUUUAGAAGUAAGUAAAGUCAUAGAUACUUGUAAAAAGAAACCAUGGGGAAUAGGAGUAUUACCUAAUAAUACCUAAUAAUAUAGUGCAGGCUUCCCUAACCUGCUGCCCUCCAUACCUUUUGUACUACACCACUCAUCACCCUGAGCCUGCACACUUUUUAGUGCAAAAUAUCUGUAGGACACCAUGUUGGGGAAGACUGACAGAGGAAAUCUCCUAAGAUGUCAAAUACUGUAUAUAGUCGUCACUCCUUGCAACAACCCUUUUAACGUAGACCUGUUACUGAGUGGGGAUCUGUGAGGUUGGGGGACAGUGGCUUGCCUGAAGUUAACCAGCAAGUUAGUGACUAAGCUAAGAUUUUAAUUGGUGACAUAGUCUCGUCACUCACUUUUCUUAACUGCUGCAUUACACACAACUCCUUCCUACUGAUCUCCAUGAAGUUUCUCUCAUCACAGCAACUCAGGCAAUGAUACAUACCUCAAGCUUGCAAUCCUACCAAUCUAUAGUGCAUACUCUUCAAUUUGUGUCUUGUAUUUCUCCCCUUUGCCUGCCAGUAUAGAGGUAACUAUCAAUUCUUUCUACAUUGCAUUUCCUACAUGUAUAUAUUAUAACUCUUUUUUAAGGUUUCAAAUAAGCACCAUUUAUAUAAAUGUUCUUUAUUGAAUAACUUAAGCAAAAAAGACUUGCCUUAAGGAGUUUACAUUCUCAUCAUCAUAUUAGGGACUACUUUGGCUCAAGCUAUUAUAUUUACUGAUUGUUGUAAAACUCGAGAAUUUAUAGUGUGAACAUUGCUACAGUAAUGAUGUUUUGGAAAGCCUGUAUCUUAAAACUACAUUUUAAGGCAGCUCUUAAUGUAGCUUUCUCAUAAAGAACCCAAAUUAUAUCCAUUGGCUCCAGUUUCAACUGAGGUUGCAAACUUAAGUAACUUUGUUAACAUAGAAUAGAUUUCAACAGUUAACAUCCGGUAAAGCCAGUGCUUAACUGGCUUCGGGUAAUCUACAACUAUAUGACAGUCAUGACACCCUGGAAGAAGAAGAAGAAAAAUAACAUUGCAGAAGAAUUUUUGAUUUUUCUCUAGAUGAGAAUAAGGCAUAGAAGAGGAAUAUAGGAGUCACUCACAAAAAUUGUGUCUUAGUCCAAGAGAGUGGAUAAAAAUGUAUUUAUCUCCUUUCUCCAUCUCUCUUUCCCCUUUAGCUAUCUUAAUGACUUGGACAGAAUAUCCCAGCAAAGUUACAUUCCAACUCAGCAAGAUGUUCUACGGACCAGAGUGAAAACGACAGGCAUUGUAGAAACACACUUCACUUUCAAGGACUUGUAUUUCAAGUGAGUUACAUUGUGGGUUGUAGGGUCCCACUUACAUAUUACUAUCACUCCACUGUUCUUUGGGUUGUGGUGUAAAAUUUAUGACUUUUACAUAUGCUCAUGUUGUGCAGGCUUAAUUUGGCUCCGGCUUUGCACAGUGUAAAAUCUCUGUCCUUCAAUUCUAUUCUUGCUGGAGAUUUUUGGUAUCAGUUCACUUUUUUAUUUUCAUUGUUUUGUUCUUUUCAGCUGCUUUUAUGUUGGGAUCACAGACACAGGUACUGAACCCUUCCUUUACAGGAGCAUAUAUACUAAAAGGAUACUGACUACUGUUUUAUAGUAUUUGUUGAAAGCCCCACCAUACCGAUGUUCCAAUUUGCCACGUGUUUAUUUUCCCGUGUUGCAGUUGGAGCUGAAAUUAACAUGGCUUUGUGAAAUGUGCAUGGCUUUUUCAGCAAAACUUUGUAGAGAGAGUACUAACCAGUCAGUUGAACAGAACAUUGGCCGGAAGCAUGCACAGGUGUUUAAAUGCUUGCCAUUUAUAAAGCUUGAUGUAGGACAGGGGAUGUGUAUUUCCCCCUGGAAUACAUACGUAGUGAUUUGAGACUUGCAACCCAUGUACCUCAAUGUAGCUUGCCACCAUCUUAAUUGGUCGCCCCUACAGGGAUUGCUAUAUGCUCUUUAAAUGCGGCCUUUAAAGUCCCUUGGCUCUGUUUUGACUAUAAGUUCCAUCAAGUCCCAUGUCUCUGUAAAAUAUACUGCCAUGCGGAAUAAGUGGGACUAGCAAGAGCUCACAUCCUUCAUGCUGCAAGAUGCCACCAUGUUUUGUGGUAGGGUGGGAGCCUUGCUACAGAGGUCAUGGAACUCAGAGAAAUGUUAGACACUCUGAGGUUUACAGGAGGAAAGUGUAAGGAGCCCUGCUCUAUGAACACAUAUCCACCUUAACAGAAUGGGCCUGACCUAGGCAGUAUCCCUUUAAGUAUGAAUUCUUCCCCUUUGCCUCCCAUCCUUCAUGCCAGCCAUAAGGAUGCAUUGAAACCCAAUAUUCCUCUACCUGCCACUGUGCUAUUAGAGAAAUGUUCAUUUCUGAUCAUAUGCUCUACCAUAGCCUAGUUACAGUGCUUUAUCUUGAUAGACGGUAGUAAUAAUAAUAAUAUUAAUAAUGUUUUAAUAAAGAAUUUUAUAUAUGGCAAAAUGAGUUACUACCUUUGCUUGGAUUUCUGCUGACAAGGCUCACUUGCACAUGUCUUUUAAUUGCACUCCAGUUGGUUGGGAUAAUGUUUAAGAAUACUCUUGUGUUUAUUUUAUAAAUGCACAGCAAAAACAAAAAACAAACCCAAGGAAGUUAGGAUUGGGUGAAUGUCAUGUUAAGUUUGGUUCUGGACAUCAAAUCACAGAAUGGCCUUUGGAAAAUUAUCGUUGAUGAGCUUGUGUUCUGUAUAUGUAAAGUGGGAAUAAUGAACCCCAUAUAUAGAGAGGAUGAAUGAGAAAAACUCCGUAAUAUAUAUAUGCUGUAUUAGAUGAGUGUGACAUAACUAGUGGAUCAGAUCUGCUUCUCUGCACUCUGGUCCAGUAAAUUGAGCCUUGAACUUGGGCAGUUCAAUACCUCCCUUCCCUUCUCUUAACGUUAUCUCAAGUCUUCUUUCCUCAUAUGUAGAACUGGACUAUAUCAGCAGUUGUUACUACAGUUUUUAAGUUUGUUUAAAUUAUUAACUUAAAUAAAACAUUUUUGGAGCUCCUUGGCUUCUCACCUUUCCAGUAUAUGAAUUAGUUGCCCAAAAUUGCUUUGGUAUGUAGUAUCCAAAAUCAGAUGCAAUGAUAAUUAACAAAAUGCUGUAAAUUGUGGCACAGCUUGAUAGCACGUUCUGGCUAUUAAACUACCAGUUAAAGAAGGGUGUGAGUAUUUUAAGACUUUUUCUAAAGCAGCAUAUCAUUUUCUUUCUUGCCCUAUUUACACCUUUGCCAGAGGGCCUAACCAAGUUGGGAGGCAGCCUUCUUGGCCGUAUGAAUGUAGGUCAGGGUAGCCAACAUAGUGCCCUCCAGCUGUUGGACUAUAAUCCUUGACCAUUGUCCAUACUGUUGGGCUGGUGAAAGUUGGAGUCCCAACAACAUCUGGAGGCUGGCCACCUCAAUGUAGGUGAGGCAGUAAAAGCUGUCAAGAGCACAGCCGUAAGAACAAAUAAGACUCAAUAGGACUUCUGUAUCCAUUCCUGCAGUGGGCUUUUUGUCUACUAAAUAAUCUCAUGCACAAGCUGAUAGGAUGGGUGGAAGGCAGAUUCUCUCUAUCUCUAUCUCUUUCUCUUUCUGUGUGUGUAUCUAAUUCUAUCCUGCUAGAUGCAGAACUUCAGUCACAGAAAGGGAGAGUUUAACCUAUUCUUAAAAAAUUCCUGAUGCACUAUGUGGACACAGCAGUGUGUAUGUUGUUUAAGUAGGUUCCUCAUUUAAGCUAGCCAGUCUUAAUGUUAUGGAGUGUCUGUUUGGUUUGUUGUGCCAUUCAGCUAAACAUAAAAUAAGACCAUAUUACUCUUUAGGGGAAAUUUAACUAGAAACUAGCAACACCUUGCACUAUGGUGUUAUGGCUUGUAAAUGUUUGCUGCUAGUUAGCUUUCCCACAGGAAACCACUUUGUAAGUGCAUUGACCAUUCUGCAACAGGAGGUUGCGUAAUCAGCCAUUGUUGUUUAGCAGCCACCAAACAAAAUGCUGUUCCCAAGCAGCAGAAGAUGAUAAACAUCGUAUGCUAGCAUAACAUUCAGGUUCUGUGUUGUGCAAGCUUACCCACCUGUUAAGAGAGAUGUCCUUAUGUUUUUCUGUGGCAUUUCCUCCUUUCUAUGCCACCUUUCACUCCAAAAGGAAAUCAUUGUGCUGAAUAUGGGGUAAAUUGUUAUAGUCUACUGUUGGAGAAUAUGAAUUCACAUUGCAAAAGUGAGAUUUUGCUAUUUUUUAUUUAUUUUUUUGGUUCUUUCUCCAGCUGUUAGAGGCAGAAUAGUUUUAUACUUCAAGGUAAAUAUUGCCUUCCCCUUACAGAAGUAGGCAGGUCCGUCUUCCCAGUCCACUUACCUUGAAUAUUUGAUAAAAUUCACAUUGCUGCUAUUAUGAUCCUGUUAUUUCAUGUGACUCUUAGAUUUCCUGGAUCAAAUGCCCAUUCAGUCUCUACCAAGAGAUGCUAAUCUUGUUCUUAUAGCAGUCCAAUGAAGUACUAUGCUCAAUAGACUUCACUGGAAAUUGUCUGGAGUUACGCAUAUUGUUCAGACUGUAUAAACAAAUAAUGUUUUCCCUGGACUGUUCACUACUUAAAUAUUUCUCAAGAUUACUAAAUUAUACCAUAUGUCAGCAGUUUAUCAGCCUCUGCAAUAACAUGUUUCUGCUAAAGCAGAUUGAUAACACUGCUGAAUCCUACCCCAUGUCAAAAUCAUUCUCUUAUUUCCCAACUUGACUCCCACUCAUUAACCUGAAGUGGUAAGGAAACCAUGAUAUGUGGUGACUACUGCUGACAAUUUCACAUGAUCAGAUUAUUAGGAGAUCCAUAAUUAUCAUGACUGAACAUACUCUUAUCUUCUUGGGCUUUGACUUUGAGAGCAUGAGUUUGCCAGUAGAGGUAAUACUAAGCGGAGGAGGAAGAUAGUGUAUUGUGGGAGCACUGCAUUCAUGCAAGCAGGCUAGUUGUAGAGGUACUUGGCCUAGUAGUCUCAAUGACUCAUCUGGCUUUUAGUGAUUAUUAGAAACCCUCUUAUCAUAGUUUUUGCUAGGAUCAGCAUGUUUCAAUUCUUCAGUAAAACAGUGUUAGAGCAGCAUAGGUUAUGCUAGUGGCAAAGGCUCAUUCAGCUUUGUAACAACCCUAUGGUGUGCUUUUGACAACACUGUACACUGCACUGUACUUUAUGGCAUAAUGUAGCAUAAUAAUAAAAGCAAUUUCUCUUUCUGCCAGGAUGUUUGACGUUGGCGGCCAGCGUUCAGAACGUAAGAAAUGGAUCCACUGCUUUGAAGGCGUAACAGCAAUUAUAUUCUGCGUAGCUCUCAGUGAUUAUGACCUUGUUCUUGCUGAGGACGAAGAAAUGGUAGGUUGCCAUAGAGUUAAAUGUUGGUUACAUGUUGCAUUACGUAAACUGUGGUGGAAAUUGACUUUAAGCUUUAUGUAGUUUGUUUAGGACAACUUAAUUUAAAUGACUUGUGUUUUGAAAAUUACUAAGGCAUAGAAGCAAACAUUUCUUGUAUGUCUCCUCAAAUUUCCUGCAGUGAGCGCUGGCAGCAGCACUAAUUGGCAGGCUGUGUUUAAUAAAAUCUUCCUUGCUCCCACCCCCCACCACUGAAUCUGAAAACUACAGUAGUUCUUAGCUGAGAAGGAAAUAAAGCAUCUGGAUGAAUUUUUGUGAAACAUUAUGUAAUUGUGAUAACUGAAAAGUCUUUUUGUGACCCAUUUUUUGCCAAAGUUUAGGAAUUCUGAUACUUGCCCAAAUGAUUACUAGUACUUUCUUAUCUGAGCAUCAGCUUUGACUAAAUCACAUUAUUUGCACUAGUAGCUUUGUUUUCAUUAGUGAUUAUGCAAAGUUGCUGGGGUAUUACCUUUUCAACGAGAUGUUUUCCUCCUCCCAGAAUCGUAUGCAUGAGAGUAUGAAACUCUUUGACAGCAUUUGUAACAACAAGUGGUUCACAGACACAUCAAUCAUUCUUUUCCUAAACAAGAAAGAUCUGUUUGAGGAAAAGAUAAGGAGGAGUCCACUAACAAUUUGCUACCCGGAAUACCCAGGUAAGAUAAAAAAAUAAUGGGGGAAUUAGGAUGAAAACAGCUUGUUGCUUUUGGUUUAAUGUGUAUUUGUGACCUCAGUACAUCAUAUUUUUCUUUGUCCCAUCAUCUAUCCAACCUUUUAAAAAAUACAGAUCCCUGUCUGAUAAUGUUCCUGCUAGAUGAAAACAGAUAUGUUAGCAUUAGUUUGGCUCUGUUUACUUAUUGUCAUGCUGGCUUGAAUACUUCAUGUUCUCUCUUAAAGCCCAAGGUUGACUUCUCUGAUGGAAGGAGACACCUAGACAUUUCCCCCCAAAUUGAGUCCUUUCACUAUGUGUGAUAUGAAAGUGGUGGUUUCUCUCAGCAUUAAAAUUAGAUUUUUAUAAUCCUAGUUCUGAAACUGAUGCCCUAUCACCAGCAAUUUAUUAUGGCCUUCAUUGUUCUGUUGCCCAAACUUUCAAAAUUUGUAGCGCAGUGUAGUCUUCCCUCACUGCUUUGUUGUGUCCUAUUUCCACAGAAUUUCUUCCUAUGAAUAAGCAAGUCAUGAUAGUCCCAACAGCUGCAAAUUACUGCUUCAUGACUGUUUGCUAUUUUCCUCAUAGAGCGGUCCUAAAAUUGUGUCUUGGCUUUGUAGCCAACUAUUAUGCUUCUGUUACCACAUGGUUCUGCCUCUAGCUGUAAUGAUAAAGUCUAGACCAAUCAGAAAUGAUCAGACUGUGUGAGAUAUAUGGAUAGGCCUUUUAGUCAAACACUCUUAAAAGAUGAAUCAUGCUUCUUACAGGGAAUAAAUAAGCAGUCAAAACCCAAGCCACAGCUUUAGGUGCAAAGUACUGUCAUUCAUGACACCUGUUUAUGUUCUCUUGCAAUUGAAACUGGUAGUUCUUAAGCCUCUUGGGUUUUUUAAAGUAUUAGAGCUUUUAAUUUUUUUUUUAAAAAGCAUUGCUUUAAAAACAAAAAGAGGGCGGAGCUAAUAGCUAGUUUAAAAACAAGUGUAGGAUAAUUUAUUACAGAAGCCAAGAAAGAAAUAGGUUUUCAAGAACAAUGAGAGUUCUGUGGCACCCGAGUACCACAUAUUUUUUUUUCAUAAACACAGUUUUAAAACAUGGAUAGGAGGGGCUCAUACCUCAGUUGCAGAGUGUAUAUUUUGCAUGCAUGAGGUCUGAGGACCAGUCCCUGGCAUUUGUAGCUAAAGAGAUACCUGAUAGCCAAACUGAGCUGAAGGAAAGCUGUUACCAGACAAAGGAAAUGGUAUUGGAUUAGAUAAAUUAGAUAGUCUGCUCACUAUAAGCAGCUUCAUAUAUUCAUACAUUGGAGGCUGCAAUCUUGUACUCAAUCUGAUUCAAUUUAGUACUUUGCUAAUGGCACCCAGUGACUGCAGCACUAUUUGCACUAAAGAAGCAAAGAAGUAAAUGGUAAAGAUUUCUGAUCACAAAAGAUUCGCAUAUGCCCUGUUUGGGGAAAUGGAACUGUGAUUGUGUUUCUUUAAAAUGAACUACUUUUUUGUGAUUGCUUCAUCUAAGAGGUGUAGACCCAGUUUCCUAGGGCUAGAUGCAUUUCUUUAGCCUAAAAUGAUGGCAAAGUGUGAUGACUGGAAACAGUUACUUUUCUUUUCAAAGACUUGUAAAGUCAAUUGCAAGUCCUUAAAAUGGUGUUAGUUAGUAGAAGUUGUCAUUUUCCCCCUCCAGGUUCUAAUACAUAUGAAGAGGCAGCUGCAUACAUUCAGUGCCAGUUUGAAGACCUGAACCGAAGAAAAGACACCAAGGAAAUUUACACCCAUUUCACCUGUGCCACUGACACAAAGAAUGUGCAAUUUGUUUUUGAUGCUGUUACAGAUGUUAUAAUUAAAAACAACCUGAAAGAAUGUGGACUCUACUAAAAAGAGAGCGUAACAGUGAAAUGUAAGUUUAUGAACUUUGUAGUCUCUUCUGAGCUUUAGCAUUGCAUAAACAGCUGCCUGGCUAUAACAUGAACUUCACCUAAUGAAAUAAAAUUAUUUCCAUUUCAGGAUGUUGCGUUUUAAGAACUGGACUGUUUAUUUGCUGCCUUGUGGGACAGCUGCAAGCAUGAACAGGACCGGGGAAUGAAAACAGCAUGCAAAAAUCCUUGCAUUCUUUAGCACAAUCUUCUGUACUAGGGACCUUUUUAUUGAUAUGGGAUGCGGAAGUUAAAAUUCCAAAAAUGGAACUACUGUUAAGUGUGAUUUUUUUUAAAUCAUCCAGGCAUCAUAUGGAUUGCAUAGUCUCAAAUGUGUACAGCUGUUACGAAGUUGAGAUCCCAGACCUUCAAUAUGUAGCUUUCUUUCUUUAAUAAGCCACCGCUGCUCUGUUUUUAAGGUUUUUCCAUCAAAACUAUAUAUUUACUAAAUUUUAUUUCCUUAUUUGCAAACAGACUUGUUUUAAAAACAAACAAAAAACACUUAACUAUGCACAUGAUUGUGACCAGAUCACGCAGAAAGUAUUCCUCUUAGCAGGAACCUUUUGUUUUUAAAACUUGGUAUGGUCAGAACUUGAUAUACAGUAACUGCAACUACUUAAAAGGGCCUUAGGAUUCUUAUGGCUAAAGCAAUGGCUUCUUCUAAUGUAUAAUGUUAUGAGUCUGCUACAUACACUGUAAGGUGCUCCCACCCCCGAAAGAGAGAUUUCCUGUAGCAGGGUAACAAGUCUUGUCAGACUUAAUGGCUGGGGGAGGGGGUUAGCCUGGUUUAUGCUGAUUACCAAAUCACUGAGUGUGCUACUAAUGUAGCAGAUGGAAAUCUUCUUACAUGAAAUGCCUGAAUUGGCUUCUAGGUAGAAAGGUGAGUUGCAAAAUUACAAACUGCAGGGGGUGGGGAGAGAGUGCUGCUACAAAGCUACUUAAUCAACCACUUAAUUGUCUGUGUGUGUGUUUGGUCUUAAACCAGUGGGGAGUUUUGUAGACAGUGCAAUUUGUUCUGCAUUUACCAGGGCCUUUUCUCAUAGGAGAUUUCAAAAAUGUAUCAACCGCAUGCUUUUACUUUGUAAAUGUGGUGCCAAGUUCCUGUUUGCCAUUGUUUUUACUGUAGUGAUGUUAUUAACCCGAGUCAGUACAUUUAUUUGCUGAAACCAUUACAUUGAGACUCUUUUCCAAUUUGUCAUGUACAGUUUCAACCUGAUGUAGUUAUUGGCAAUAUUAAAAUGGUGAGUUAAAAAUCUUAAUGUUCCUCACUUUAUUGGAGCCAUUUCUAGAAAUGAUCUAGGGAUCUUUGUCAGUCUCUCUUAAUAGCAUUUCCAGGUUCUGCAAAUAAAGAUUUUAGUUAGCUGGAUUAGCUUUUUCGUAGUGCUGAACCUUCAUAUAAAUAACCGAAACUUUCCUGUCUUGUUUCUUGAAUUAUAUGGUGUCAGGUAUUUUCUGUGUGUUGACACAGAUAAGGCUGAGAAUUGUGGCAAGUUAUUUCUACCAUUAAGUCAUAUCAGCAAGAUACAGCAAUAAUUUUCUAAAGCAUUU